CACCUUCUUCUCUCUCAAAUUUCAACUUUCUCUCUCUAAAUAUUGAACUUUCUCUCUCUAAAUAUUGAACUUUCUCUCUCUACUUUCUUCCUCUCUCAACAAUGGCAGAAACCACCAACAACGGCGGACUCUCAAACAAUGGCGCCGAUUCCAAAGGCUUAGUCGUGAGUUUCGGAGAGAUGUUGAUCGACUUUGUUCCGACAGUUUCAGGCGUUUCUCUAGCCGAAGCGCCGGGAUUCCUUAAAGCUCCCGGCGGCGCUCCGGCGAACGUUGCGAUCGCCGUUGCGAGGCUCGGCGGUAAAGCCGCCUUCGUCGGAAAACUCGGCGAUGAUGAGUUUGGUCUCAUGCUCGCCGGAAUUCUCAAGAAAAACGGUGUUUCCGGCGACGGUUUAACGUUCGAUCAAGGUGCGAGAACUGCUCUCGCUUUCGUUACGCUGAAAGCUGAUGGUGAAAGAGAAUUCAUGUUUUACCGGAAUCCGAGUGCUGAUAUGCUUCUUACUCCCGAUGAGCUCAACCUCGACCUUAUUCGAUCGGCUAAGGUGUUUCAUUAUGGUUCUAUUAGUUUGAUCGUCGAGCCAUGUAGGUCAGCCCAUUUGAAAGCAAUGGAGGAAGCCAAAAAGGCUGGAGCUUUGCUCUCAUAUGAUCCCAACCUUAGGCUACCUUUGUGGCCUUCCGCCAAGGAGGCUCGUGAGCAGAUCUUGAGCAUCUGGGACAAGGCCGAGGUGAUCAAGAUCAGUGACAACGAGCUUGAGUUCCUCACAGAAAGCAACACCGUCGAUGAUGCUACUGCGAUGUCAUUGUGGCACUCUAAUUUGAAGCUUCUCUUGGUCACUCUUGGUGACCAUGGUUGCAGAUACUACACCAAGAACUUCAAGGGAAGUGUGGAGGCAUUCAAGGUGAAUGCAGUUGACACUACCGGUGCUGGUGACUCCUUUGUUGGUGCCUUGUUAGGCAAAAUCGUCGAUGAUCACUCUAUUAUCGAGGAUGAACCACGAUUGAAGGAAGCUUUGAAAUUCGCCAACGCAUGUGGAGCCAUUACAACCACCAAGAAGGGUGCAAUCCCAGCUCUACCAACAGAAGCCGAAGCCUUUGAGCUCAUCAAGAAGGCUUCUCAGUGAUUUCAUACUGUUAAUUCAUUUGUGUGUUAGAUCUCUUGGUUUGCUUGGUAUUUUCGGGAUUUGAUUAGUGAAUUGAAGAGAAUUAGGAAGUUGUGGGGGAAAAUUCAACUCUAAAAUUUUCUCCACUGUGUAAGGAUAAACAAGUCUUUUAUAUAAGUAUUGAUAAAUAAAUAUUUUGAAUUAUGCUUCGGUUUGCAAUUCAAAGAGGCAAUUAUAGAUGUCAA